AUGGUGAUCGUUAUUGACAAUGCCAAAUACCAUAAAUGCUUACCCGACGACACUCCGAAGUACGGGUGGGCCAAGUCACGACUGCAAGACUCGUGUGAUCGAUACGGGCACAUUGAGAGUCACGUCGUACCUGUUGUCGUUGUGAUGGCCAAGUCGCGGGGCCAUACGGUCCUGUACACACCACCUUACCAUUCCGAUUAUGACGUGGAUACCUCAUUUCGUGUUGUCCUCGAGCAGUUGACGGCUGCGUUCGACUUUCUCACCCCUACAACAAUCCAUGGGUGUAUCGCUGCAUCGAAAAGACGCCUUAUCGAAUUGCACGACUCCUACUUUGGUCUUCAGGACGCUGCAGACGAGGCAGACGUCACGAUGCAUGAAGAACAGCUGCAUGAUGUCAGUCGUGCCUCAGAGAAUGACGAAGAUACCUACGACAUUCGAGCCAGCAGCAGCAGUACUUCCAGCAGCGACCUUGACGACGACGAUGGUGUGUGGCACCUGUAA